GCCAGCGCCUCUCUCCGCGCCUCUCGUCUGUCAGCCCCAGCCGAGGGGAAAGGGGGGAAGAGGAGGGGAAAAAAAGCAGCUCCAAGAUUCGAACUCAGGUUCUCCUGACUCCAGGUCCAGUGCUUUCCCACUACCAUUCAGCCUCUAAAAGGAGUUAAACAGACAAUCUGCUACAUCUUGAUUCUGCAGCAUUCCAGGAUAGUGGUGUCCUUGGGGCGCUUUCUUAACAUUGAUAUGGUACAGAAGAUUUAAAAUCAGCUGAUGUUCACAAGGAAUAGAGUCACGUGAUGUAUGAAGGGAAACACAUACACUUCUCUGAGGUUGACAAUAAGCCCUUGUGCUCAUAUAGCCCUAAACUGUGCAAGCAGCGGCGGCUCAACGGCUACGCUUUCUGUAUCAGACACGUUCUGGAGGACAAGACUGCCCCCUUCAAGCAAUGUGAAUAUGUGGCCAAGUAUAACAGCCAACGCUGCACCAAUCCCAUCCCCAAAUCUGAGGAUCGCAGGUACUGCAAUAGCCACUUGCAGGUACUUGGCUUUAUACCGAAAAAAGAGAGGAAGAAAAAGAAUGAUCCAAUAGAGGAGGUGAAGGCCAGGCACCAAAUGGAUACCAUGGCCUUCAGCCUAACGGUGCCCACACUGGCCUUGAAGAUGCCCAAUGGACUUGAUGGAAUGUCCCUGUCACCACCAGGGGCAAGGGUCCCUCUCCACUACCUGGAGACAGAGUUGGAAGAUCCAUUUGCUUUCAAUGAGGAAGAUGAUGACCUAAAGAAAGGGGCAACUGUGAGGAAGAAGUUGCAGAGUAAGUUGGCCCAGAAUCGGCAACGCCAGAGAGAGACAGAGAUUUUAAAAGUCCGCCAAGAGCACUUUAGCCCCCCUCCUGCACCUUUGCAGCAGCAGCCUCUGCAGCAGCACUCCCAUCUGCCACCUUUAUCCACUUCUUUAAAGCCUCCAGGGCUGCCGCAGGGUUUAGUCUGCAAGUCCCCUCCACCUCAGAACACCAGCCUACCAAUGCAGGGAGUGGCGCCCACCACACACACUAUAGCACAAGCAAGGCAGAUGUCCCACAAGAGACCUCUGCCUCUCCUGCCAUCCGGUAGGGCUCCUGCUGGGGACCCGCCCAGCACUGACCGGGUCCUCAUGAAAGCCACAGCCUUCUCUCCACACUCAGCUUGCAUGAGUCGGCUGCAGAGACUGGUGAAACUGUGCACUCGAAGACAGCAGCUGGACACAGAUCUGUUUCCCCAUUUAGGACUGGACUGGUCUGAAGAUAGUGGAGAAGAAUUGGAAGAAUCAGAGCAAGCCUCACCAUACCAGGUUGCAUGGUCCAUCCGAGAAACCCUCAGAUAUGAGAGACAAGAGUCAGAUGAUGAUGAUACAGAUAGCAGGAGCUCCAGGGUGACCCAACUUUGCACUUACUUUCAGCAGAAAUAUAAGCACCUCUGCCGCCUGGAGCGGGCAGAAUCUCGUCAAAAGAAAUGCCGGCAUACGUUUCGGAAAGCCUUGCUGCAGGCGGCCAGUAGAGAACCAGAAUGUGCUGGGCAAUUGAUACAAGAACUCCGAAAAGCUGCAUGCACUCGAACCAGCACAAAUCGGGCUCAGUUGAGGGAGGUGGAACCAGCACCAUGUAGUGGAAUGGUGAAGGGGGAACCAUGCACUAAUAAAGCCCUUCCAUUCACCAGACAUUGUUUUCAACAUAUCCUCUUGAACCGCUCUCAGCAGCUCUUCUCAAGUUGCACAGCUAAGUUUGCAGAUGGGCAGCAGUGUUGUGUGCCGGUUUUUGACAUUACGCACCAGACGCCUCUGUGUGAAGAACAUGCCAAAAAAAUGGAUAAUUUUUUGAGAGGAGAUAACUCCCGUAAAGUUCAGCACCAGCAGCAGAGGAAACCCAGGAAAAAAACAAAGCCACCUGCACUUACCAAAAAACAUAAGAAGAAAAGAAGGCGUGGACCACGUCGGCCGCAGAAACCCAUUCCCCCUGCAGUGCCCCAAGGAAACCUCAGCAUGCCCACCAGCGUCUCACUGCCAGUGGAAAUCUCCCAGAUGCGGAGUCCUUCCACACCGGAGCUGAGUACUGACGAGCUGCCUGAUGACAUUGCCAAUGAGAUCACUGACAUUCCACAUGACUUGGAAUUGAAUCAGGAGGACUUUUCAGAUGUCUUGCCACGGCUACCCGAUGACUUACAAGAUUUUGAUUUUUUUGAAGGUAAGAAUGGAGACCUCCUUCCUACAACAGAAGAGGCGGAGGAACUCGAACGGGCUUUGCAGGCUGUAACUUCCCUCGAGUGCCUGAGUACCAUUGGAGUACUUACCCAGUCAGACGGUGUGCCAGUUCAGGAGCUUUCAGAGCGAGGCAUGGGGGUGUUCUCCACAGGUCCCGGAGCUUCAGGAAUUCAGUCCUUGAGCCGAGACGUUAACACAGACCUAGGGGAGCUGUUGAAUGGCCGCAUAGUGCACGAUAAUUUCUCUAGCCUAGAGCUGGAUGAGAACUUGCUCCGUUCUGCUACCUUGUCUAACCCACCUACACCCCUGGCAGGGCAGAUCCAGGGGCAGUUCUCUGCCCCAGCCAAUGUUGGCCUUACUUCUGCUACUCUGAUAAGCCAGAGUGCUCUUGGGGAGAGAGCCUUCCCAGGACAGUUUCAUGGACUUCAUGAUGGCAGCCAUGCCUCCCAGAGGCCACACCCUGCCCAGCUGCUGAGCAAGGCAGAUGACCUAAUCACCUCACGACAGCAAUAUAGCAGUGAUCAUUCACACUCCUCGCCCCACGGAAGCCAUUAUGACAGCGAGCAUGUGCCGUCUCCCUACAGCGAUCAUAUCACCUCUCCCCAUGCCACAACCUUCUCUGGUGAUAACAUGGCAGCUACCUUCUCAGCAGAAAUGCCCAUCAUGGCACAGCACUUGCUCCCAACCCAACUCGAGGUGCCCCUUGGUGGAGUGGUGAACCCCAGAACUCACUGGGGCAAUCUCCCUGUCAAUCUUGGCGAUCCUUCUCCGUUUAGCAACCUUCUCGGCGCAGAUGGACAUCUCCUUUCCACUUCCCUGUCCACACCGCCUACCACCUCGAACUCAGAGACCACACAGCCUGCCUUCGCCACUGUGACCCCAAACAGCUCUAGUGUGCUUCCGGGGUUACCCCAGACCAGCUUCAGUGGCAUGGGGCCUUCUUCUGCUGACCUGAUGGCCUCCACCUCUCCUAAGCAGCAGCUCCCUCAGUUCAGUGCGGCCUUUGGCCACCAGCUGAGUUCUCACAGUGGCAUUCCGAAGGACCUGCAGCCCAGCCACAGCUCGAUAGCCCCUCCGACAGGCUUCACAGUAACAGGUGCCACUGCUACAAGUACCAAUAGUUCAUCUUCUCCCUUCACCGCCCCUAACUGAGCGGCGUGUCUGUGUGUUUGCAGGCAGGUGGGGACCGUGUGUUUUCUGUCUUUAGUUUCCUCUUUAGGCAUCCCUUCCCGCUUCCCCUUCUUCAGCAUUUUAAAAAAUAAGGUCGGGGCCAGCGGGAAGCCUGGCUUCGCAGUUGGGCAGGUCCCCUGAAGUGAACCUUGCUUCAGUGUUGACGUGUGCUCUGUCCACCGGUGCUCCUUUCCUCUUGACAGGUUCACGUUACCCUCACGUUUUCCUUAGCGGUUCAGCACAGUGACUGGAUGCCAUUGAUUUUUAGCAGUGAGACUGAGAAAUGAGAAGAUACCUCAGAUAACCAGUGCCCUUUACUACUUCCUAGGGUUCAGAUCAAUACUUUCCAUCCCAUUGCCAGAUUUUAUAAGAGGCGGUUCUGGAUAGAUUGCUAAUUUACUGAGUCCCCAUUUAAGAAAAUAGCUAAUGGUGUGGAGAGGUGGAUGAGGCCUCUAACUUAGCACUAGUCUGCUGAAACACUGCAUUGAGGCUAGAGUUCCAUUCUUAAGUAGGAUAGUGCUUAAGAAGAAAAAAAUGUCUUUUGACCUCCUCUGUGUGUGUUUGUCUACGUGUGCUUGUGUGUAUGAAUGUAUAGGCAGGAAGCAACAGUCCCAUAUUUUUCUAAUAAGGAAAAAAGGUUGUUUUUGCUUACUUUCCUCCUUUUUCCCAAUUCCCAACCUUACUGAAAUCCAUCAUUCUUUCCUACUGUGUGUUAACUUGAAUUGAUUAAGUGAGGGAAGUGACCUGGCCAUAUGAGUUGCACUUUUAUAAUCAGCAGCCUUUUCUUCUGAACGUUAGCAGCCCAAGGGGAAAAAAAGUAAAAGGAAAAAUUUGGUUGGUAAAUGGAAUGAGAGACUUAAUAGUCCCAGGAAAAACUGACCAGAAUUAUUGUAGGGUUUCUGUGGCCUCCUAGCAGCGUUUGUCAGGCUAGCAUUUGUUUUUAAAUCCUUUUCAUGAAAUCUAUUUGCCAGAAGUAACAGAACAAAUUAUUUUGGUGUGUAAAGCAGGAUAAGUCAAAUGGAUUUCAAAAAAUUGGGAAUCUAUGAAUUCCUUAAGCCAUCUAUUGCUUUAGAAUUUUUUCAUUUUCUUAGUAGUGUCUUUUCAGUAGGAGUUGUAAAAAUGUUGAAGACGCUUAUGAGAUCAAUGUUCCAAUUAUUAAUUAGUUGUACUACCUGAGGGGUACACUGAUAGUUUUUGUUAAAGCAAACCCGGAAAUUAGAAAUUAUUCUUAAAUUCACCUACCUCCUAAUUUUAUUAAAAUAAUUUAAAUACUUAGGUGCAAGUAAAUUUGGAUUUGUUAGUGUAAGUAGAAUUGGACCUGUGUGGUGUUCUCUUUGCAAAGGAAGUUCAAAAUUGGUUUUGGGAAAUUUUCCAAAAUUAUAGAUUUAUUCAUGAUUAGUAAGAUUAAAAUACUGGGUGAUUUAGUAAUUUAAUGACUAUAAAAUUACAUAUGAGGGUUCUCUAUUGCCUGCUUUUGUGUCUUUUAGAUGUGUGAUGAAAGAAAUUUAAAAAGCAAUCUGCUUCUGCUUUUUUGCAGAGAGGUUUCACUAUCCCAUGAGAUAGGUUAUUGGCUGUUUAUUACUGAAUCUAGCCUAAUUUAUAUAUUUAAAGAAAAACAACCCAGGUAGAACAUAACCUUUAGUGAGGUGGGACAAUAGGUUCCUUUGAGUCAGGGAAUAUUUGAAUUUAAUUCCUUCCAAAUGAGUGAAGUUUUGGUUAUAUUUUCCUACUUCAUGUAUGUAUCUCUUUAUGCCAUGCUAGUUUUAGCCACUCCCUUCUUUUGAAAGCUUCUUUUCUUUGCUUUUUAAAGGAAUGGCAGCGAUCAGCAUGUACUGUGCUGAAACCAUGUGCCUGAGCUUAUGGAGGGGAAAUGUCAUGACUGUCUUUAAUCCUUGUAUGCCCUACUUUUAAAACAAGUAUUUAUUAAACUCUUUUACUUUU